UGUGUGGAUACAACGCAGCUGUAUAGCUCCGGAUCAAAAAAAUGGAAUCAUAUAUUUAUUUGAUCACAUUGAUCAGAGUCAGUGAUUUGUAACUGCAGGUGAGGCAAAACCUUAAAUGAUGGAGGACAACUCAACAUUCGUGCCACCCUUUAUCAAUUCUUCGGAUGUAGCAGGAAAAAGCUGCUAUUACCUGGAUCGGUUUCAAAUUUUCCAUAGCGGUCCACCUACAACACAAUACAUCGUUAACUGUACGUUAAACACAGUAUUGGCAAUUUUGGCCAUUCUCGGAAAUGGAAUCGUCCUUCAGGCGCUGCGGAGAUCCGCGGCGCUUCGACCAGCAUCGAGAGCUCUGGUUUACAGCCUUGCCGCCUCUGAUUUCCUUGUUGGAUUAACAGUUCAGCCAUUUUACGUGAUGUACAAAACGGCUGAAAUAUUGGACAUGCAUCGGUUCUACUGCGUAACAGGAAUUGGAUUCCAUUUGUCAGCGAACGUUUUCUCUGCCGUUUCAUUUCUGACGGUGACAGCUAUAGCUACCGAUCGCCUUCUGGCUCUUCACCUUGGGUCCAAAUAUCAGAGAACCAUAACACUUCCCAGGGUAAUAACAGUCAUUGUCACAAUGUGGAUGCUAACUGGUUUGUGGGUUUUCAACUGGAUAUGGGAUAUUAAACUGUACGAAAAGUUUAAUAUAACUAUUGUCACAAUAUGUUUGGUUUUCUGUACAAGUGCGUAUGCCCGACUUGGCUACAGGCUUCGCCAACUAAGAGUUCGCACCGCGUCGCGAUGGAAGGACGCCGAAUCAACGACUUACCAAGAAGAGAAAAGCAGCUCGGGUGGCUCCAAAUCGAAACCGCGAUAUGGAGCAUACAAAAGAUCUGUGGUUAACAUGUUUUAUGUCUAUAUUUUAAUGUUUGUUUGCUAUGUUCCAUAUCUAGCCAUGUUCGUCGUCAUACAAACGACGCCCAUAACCAAAAUGAAAGUUGUCGUCUUAAGUUAUACGAUAACUUUGUUAUUCGCUAACUCGGCCCUUAACCCGUUUCUGUACUGCUGGCGGAUACAAGAGAUUAGAUCAGAGGUAGUUUUAAUUCUCGCAAAAUUUUAUUGUAAGAGCAAUUGAAAACAAAAGCAAGAAAGUGCUGUUUGAGAAAGAUACGUGAUGUAGACGGACGAUGACAAAUUGCCUUUGCAACUAUUACACGCUUUGAAAUUAGAUUCAAGUCUUUACUCAGGGAGAGCGGAAAGGAAUAACUUAUCUUAAUUUUUUUAUUUGUUUAGCUGACAAUGCCAAACAUCUGAAAUUUGACUUCAAACGAGUGUGACAUCGAAUAGAAGCUUUCUUUUCAUAAAUCAAUAUUUGCAUUGCGAGGAAAUCUUUGACGCGCGGACCGAUCUGUUAAGUGUAUUUAAUGUGUUCUAGCUAUAGCGUACCCUAAGAAUCCGGCCGUGUCGUAUAAUCUUAAAGAACGGUGAAUCACUGUGCUAUGCUUUACAGGUUGAUCAGAAUGGUUAGAAUAAAUAGUAUAAAAACUGUGAUACUGCCAUACUAUUACAGAUAAUACAACCUUAAAGCGAAAUUGUUUACCUUAAGUUAAAAAUUUGUUUGGAAACGUCACUGAGGCAAAAGGGGCCCUUGUAUCAUUGAAACGACUGAUUGAAUUUCUCCCGAACAGUGAGAAAAAAUAAAUAUCUAAAGCAAAGCCGUUUUAAAGAACAGAAGUGUUCUUAUGUAGCCACGUAAAUACAUUUAUAUUUAGAGGAUACCAUGAGGCUCGUUAGCUUAUGAAAAAUGUAUUAAUAAAAAAAAGGGGAGAUAGGAAUAACAAAGUUAACGUAAAGUUUGCUAUUUCUUAGUAUGACUUUGUCAGUAACAAAUGACAUCCUAUUUAAUGUCAUUUUAAAGGUUUCCUUUCGUGGACGUAGAGGAGGUAACAUUUUAAUUAUAUGCAUGUGAAUUAUGUAGCAUCGUUAAAUUUAAAACAAUGUCUACCUAUAUAAUUAUGUAAAAUAAGAUUGAUGGCUAGUGAUGUUACUAGGCACGAUUUCCAUUAAUUAGAUGGACGUGCUAUAGUGUAAUGUCGUUAAAAUAAGUUUGCGUGCAAUAAUGUUACCUUAUAUAAAAUAUAUCAACAUUUACGAUUGAAAUUAGACGGGAUAGAUUAGAUGGUAUUGGUGGGUUUUUUUCAACUUGCCGUAAUAUGAAAAUCAUGUACAGACGUGUAAUAAAGAGGUAAAAUGGUUAUGGUCA